GGCACUUGUAGGGUUGGCUCAGAAUCUUCCAGACAGUACGUUGGGUGACAUGGUGCCUCUCAUCGCGGAGGCCUUAGCCAUGGGCGUCAAAUGCUGCUCAGACACUCCUCCAGAGGACUGCAACAGAGAUGCGGUGAGAGACACCUAUCAUCUCAUCAUCCUUAUCACACCUCAUCAUCCUUAUCACACCUCAUCAUCCUUAUCACACCUUAUCAUCCUUAUCACAUGUUAUCAUCCUUAUCACAUCUCAACCUUAUCACACAUCAUCAUCCUUAUCACAUCUCAAUCUUAUCAUACCUCAUCAUCCUUCAUCAUCCUUAUCACAUCUCAACCUUAGCACACCUCAUCAUCCUUAUUACAUUUACAUUUUAGUCAUUUAGCAGACACUCUUAUCCAGAGCGACUUACAGUUAGUGAGUGCAUACAUUAUUCAUACUUAUCACACCUCAUCAUCCUUAUCACACCUCAUCAUACCUCAUCACACCUCACCAUCCUUAUCACACCUCAUCAUACCUCCUCAUCCUUAUCACAUCUCAACCUUAUAAUAAUAAUAUGCCAUUUAGCAGACGCUUUUAUCCAAAGCAACUUACAGUCAUGCGUGCAUAAUUUUUUUGUGUAUGGGUUGUCCCGGGGAUCGAACCCACUACCUUGGCAUUACAAGUGCCGUGCUCUACCAGCUGAGCUACAGAGGACACCUAUCAUCUCAUCAUCCUUAUCACACCUCAACCUUAUCACACCUCAACCUUAUCACAUCAUCAUCCUUAUCACACCUCAACCUUAUCACAUCAUCAUCCUUAUCACACCUCAACCUUAUCACAUCAUCAUUAUCCUUAUCACACCUCAUCAUCCUUAUCACAUCUCAUCCUUAUCACACCUCAUCAUCCUUAUCACACCUCAUCAUCCUUACCACACCUCAACCUUAUCACAUCAUCAUCCUUAUCACACCUCAACCUCAUCACAUCAUCAUCCUUAUCACACCUCAACCUUAUCACAUCAUCAUCCUUAUCACACCUCAACCUUAUCACAUCAUCAUCCUUAUCACACCUCAACCUUAUCACAUCAUCAUCCUUAUCACACCUCAACCUCAUCACAUCAUCAUCAUCAUCCUUAUCACACCUCAUCAUCCUUACCACACCUCAUCAUCCUUAUCAUACCUCAUCACCCUUAUCAUACCUCAUCAUCCUUAUCACACCUCAUCCUUAUCAUACCUCAUCAUCCUUAUCAUACCUCAUCAUCCUUAUCACAUCUCAUCCUUAUCAUACCUCAUCAUCCUUACCACACCUCAUCAUCCUUAUCAUACCUCAUCACCCUUAUCAUACCUCAUCAUCCUUAUCACACCUCAUCCUUAUCAUACCUCAUCAUCCUUAUCAUACCUCAUCAUCCUUAUCACAUCUCAUCCUUAUCAUACCUCAUCAUCCUUAUCACACGCCUUUACAUUUAACAUUUGGCCAGCCCGGCCAGGGGUAGGGCCCAGGGGUAGGGGCCAGGGGUAGGGGCCAGGGGUAGGGGCCAUAGGGUAGGGGCCAGGGGUAGGGGCCAGGGGUAGGUAGGGGCCAGAGGUAGGGGCCAGGGGUAGGGGCCAUAGGUAGGGGCCAGGGGUAGGGGCCAGGGGUAGGGGCCAGGGGUAGGGGCCAGAGGUAGGGGCCAGGGUAGGGCAGGUAGGGGCCAGGGGUAGGGGCCAGGGGUAGGGGCCAGAGGUAGGGGCCAGGGGUAGGGGCCAGGGGUAGGGGCCAGGGGUAGGGGCCAGAGGUAGGGGACAGGGGUAGGGGCCAGGGGUAGGGGCCAGGGGUAGGGGCCAGGGGUAGGGGCCAGAGGUAGGGGUAGGAAUAGAAUUGGUUAUUAGGUGACUGAUGUUUCCAGACAGGGUCUGUUUCAGUUUAAACUGUUCUGAUAUAACAGCACCCUCUGCUGGCUAAACGGUGUACUCCUAUUUGUGUUGUGUGUGUGCAGGCGGACCUGUUCCAGAGCGCGGUGUGUUCCUCUGAGACCCUGGUGGAGAAGAACAAUCUAAAGCAGUGCUGUGAGAAGACUGUCGCUGAGAGGACACACUGCUUCGUGGACCACAAGGCCAAGGUAGAAUGGACCACCCCUGCCUCUGAGCCAGGUUCCUAUCUAGGUUUCUUCCUUCUGCUUCAGCUUGCUCUUUGGGGUGUAGACCGGGUUACUGGAAAAGCAAUGUAACAACUGCUGAAGGAAAAAAGGCUUUAUGGAUACAUUUGAUUGAUUGAUUGAUUGAGUGGUUGAUUGAUUGUAGAUUCCUCGGGAGCUGUCCCUCACAGCUGAGCUGCCCGCUGCAGAUCAGUGUGAAGACUUCAAGAAGGACCACAAGGCUUUUGUUGGGAGGUGAGUGUCUACACUCAACUUGAGACCGCACCAGCUAAAAUACUGUGCUAGGCUGCUGAGCUUUAAGGAAUGUUUUUUCUGGGAUUUACUGUGUGUGUGUCUUUCAGGUUCAUCUUCAAGUUCUCAAAGGGUCACACGAUGCUGCCCCCCCAUGUGGUCCUGGCUAUCGCCAAGGGUUAUGGAGAGGUUCUGACUACCUGCUGUGGAGAGGCUGAGGCCCAGACCUGCUUCGACACCAAGGUCAGGAUGUGUCUCAGAUGGCACCCUAUUCCUUAUAUAGUGCACUACUUUUGACCAAAACCUUAUGAGGGAAUAGGGUGCCAUUUUGGAUGCAAUCUCCCUCUCAAUUCAAUUCAAUAAUCUUUAUUGGCAUUGAAAGUUAAAGCACCUACAUAGCCAAAGUAAACAUUCUCUCUCUCUUUAUCAGAAAGCUACUUUCCAGCACGCCGUCAAGAAGCGUGUGACUGAACUCAAGGCCCUGUGCAUCGUCCACAGGAAAUAUGGAGACCGCGUUGUCAAGGCCAAGUAGGACAUGUCAAUCUAAAACUCUAUGGUUCUAAUUGGCUGAGAGCCAGGAGAGCCCGCCCUUGGGCCAGUCCCAUUGGUUGAUGUGUGUGUCUGUCUGUUCUAACAGGAAGCUGGUCCAGUACAGUCAGAAGAUACCUCAGGCCUCGUUCCAGGAAAUGGGAGGCAUAGUAGACAAGAUCGUAGAGACUGUUGCCCCCUGCUGCAGCGGAGAGAUGGUCACAUGCAUGAAGGAGAGGGUAAACUCUUCUCUCUAUUCCUACUUUUUAUUGAGUUAUUUCUCUUUUCGUUCCUCCUCUCUCACCUCUCGGCCUCUUUCUAUUGGAUGUCCUUGGGUUUGUGUCCCUGACACUUCCUGCCUGUGUGUGUGUGUACUCCCCUGACAGAAGUCCCUGAUGGAUGAGGUGUGUGCUAAUGAGAGUGUGUUGUCUCGCGCGGCGGGUCUGGCUGCGUGCUGUAAGGAGGAUGCCAUGGACAGAGGGUCCUGUGUUGAGGCCAUGAAGCCAGACCCUAAGCCAGACGGUCUGUCUGAGCACCACGACGUUCACGCUGAUGUAGCGGCCGUCUGCCAGACCUUUACCAAGAACCCUGAAGUAGCCAUGGGGAAGUAUGUAUUAUGCACAUACAGUGCAUUCGGAAAGUAUUCAGACCCUUUGACUUUUCCACAUUUUGUUAUGUUACAGCCUUAUUCUAAAAUUGAUUAAAUAGUUUUUCCCCCUCAUCAAUCUAAACACAAUUUUUUGGUACCCUUCCCCAUUUGGAAAAGCUGCUACACGCACAAUUCUGACUUUGUAUGGGGUGUUGCUAUUGGCUAAACGACUGUGUAUGGUCUGUCCCGAUUGGCAGGUUGAUCUAUGAGAUCUCGGUGCGUCACCCUGAGUCGUCUCAGCAGGUGAUUCUGAGGUUCGCCAAGGAUGCUGAACAGGCCUUCCUCCAGUGCUGCGACAUGGAGGACCACGCAGAGUGUGUCAAAACCGCUGUAUGUAUUAAACCCAUCUGAUAUUUCAACACUUUAUUGUCCAAGACCCCAACACCAACCCAAGACCAAUUCCCCUUUGGGGACAAUAAAGUUGAUCGUGUCUUAUCUUAUCUUCUCUUAUCAGAAGGGCUACUUACACUAUAUAUAUAUAUAUAUAUAUAUAUAUAUAUAUACAUAUAUAUAUAUAUAUAUACAUACAUAUACAUAUAUAUAUAUAUCAGAUGUGUAACCUAGCUAGUUACACUAUAUACAGUGAGGGAAAAAAGUAUUUGAUCCCCUGCUGAUUUUGUACGUUUGCCCACUGACAAAGACAUGAUCAGUCUAUAAUUUUAAUGGUAGGUUUAUUUGAACAGUGAGAGACAGAAUAACAACAAAAAAAUCCAGAAAAACGCAUGUCAAAAAUGUUAUAAAUUGAUUUGCAUUUUAAUGAGGGAAAUAAGUAUUUGACGCCUCUGCAAAACAUGACUUAGCACUUGGUGGCAAAACCCUUGUUGGCAAUCACAGAGGUCAGACGUUUCUUGUAGUUGGCCACCAGGUUUGCACACAUCUCAAGAGGGAUUUUGUUCCACUCCUCUUUGCAGAUCUUCUCCAAGUCAUUAAGGUUUCGAGGCUGACGUUUGGCAACUCGAACCUUCAGCUCCCUCCACAGAUUUUCUAUGGGAUUAAGGUCUGGAGACUGGCUAGGCCAUUCCAGGACCUUAAUGUGCUUCUUCUUGAGCCACUCCUUUGUUGCCUUGGCCGUGUGUUUUGGGUCAUUGUCAUGCUGGAAUACCCAUCCACGACCCAUUUUCAAUGCCCUGGCUGAGGGAAGGAGGUUCUCACCCAAGAUUUGAUGGUACGUGGCCCCGUCCAUCGUCCCUUUGAUGCGGUGAAGUUGUCCUGUCCCCUUAGCAGAAAAACACCCCCAAAGCAUAAUGUUUCCACCUCCAUGUUUGACGGUGGGGAUGGUGUUCUUGGGGUCAUAGGCAGCAUUCCUCCUCCUCCAAACACGGCGAGUUGAGUUGAUGCCAAAGAGCUCCAUUUUGGUCUCAUCUGACCACAACACUUUCACCCAGUUCUCCUCUGAAUCAUUCAGAUGUUCAUUGGCAAACUUCAGACGGCCCUGUAUAUGUGCUUUCUUGAGCAGGGGGACCUUGCGGGCACUGCAGGAUUUCAGUCCUUCACGGCGUAGUGUGUUACCAAUUGUUUUCUUGGUGACUAUGGUCCCAGCUGCAUUGAGAUCAUUGACAAGAUCCUCCCGUGUAGUUCUGGGCUGAUUCCUCACCGUUCUCAUGAUCAUUGCAACUCCACGAGGUGAGGUCUUGCAUGGAGCCCCAAGCCGAGGGAGAUUGAUAGUUAUUUUGUGUUUCUUCCAUUUGCAAAUAAUCGCACCAACUGUUGUCACCUUCUCACCAAGCUGCUUGGCGAUGGUCUUGUAGCCCAUUCCAGCCUUGUGUAGGUCUACAAUCUUGUCUCUGACAUCCUUGGAGAGCUCUUUGGUCUUGGCCAUGGUGGAGAGUUUGGAAUCUGAUUGAUUGAUUGCUUCUGUGGACAGGUGUCUUUUAUACAGGUAACAAACUGAGAUUAGGAGCACUCCCUUUAAGAGUGUGCUCCUAAUCUCAGCUCGUUACCUGUAUAAAAGACACCUGGGAGCCAGAAAUCUUUCUGAUUGUGAGGGGGUCAAAUACUUAUUUCCCUCAUUAAAAUGCAAAUCAAUUUAUAACAUUUUUGACAUGCGUUUUUCUGGAUUUUUUUGUGGUUAUUCUGUCUCUCACUGUUCAAAUAAACCUACCAAUAAAAUGAUAGACUGAUCAUUUCUUUGUCAGUGGGCAAACGUACAAAAUCAGCAGGGGAUCAAAUACUUUUUUCCCUCACUAUAUAUAUAUAUAUAUAUAUCAGAUGUGUAACCUAACUAGUUACACUAUAUAUCAGUCUGUGAUUAUUGCCUUGAUCUGAAUACUUGCGUUAGCUCCCCUGAGCUAAUAGUUGAUGGUUAUUGGCUUUAACUCAGCAGGCUAGCACUGUAUUCAUAGUAUUUCUAGACCAUAAUAAUGGCAUCUGCCACUUCUUGUGACAUCAUGCCAAUUGUAUGAAUGGUUCUAACCCCAGCUGGCAGGCAGUGAUGUUGAUAAGAUGAUCACUGAUGAGACUGACUACUACAAGAAGAUGUGUGCUGUUGAGGCUGAAAUGGGCGAUGACAACUUUGAGAAGAGGUGAGGGGUCACGCUUUAACACAGAUAUUAAAGGUAAUCAAAGGUCAAAGUAGAUGUCCUUCGUGUAGUAUGGGAUCAUAAACAUCACAUUUAGGCCUAACAACUUACCGACAGAUGUUUUUAUGGGUGAAUUGAUCAUUAAUUUAUGGCUUAUGAAUAAUUUAUUAAUGGUUAAUUCAUAUUUAAUAAUGACUAUUUAAUGGCUGAUUAACAAUUAACUCCUCCUCUUCCUCCACCUCCUCCUCCACCUCCUCCACCUCCACCUCCUCCUCCUCCUCCUCCUCCUCCUCCAGUAUGAUGGUGUACUACACCAGGAUAAUGCCCCAGGCCUCCUUCGACCAGCUCCACAUGGUGUCUGAGACAGUGCAUGAUGUCCUCCAUGGCUGCUGUAAGGACGAGCCAGGCCACUUCGUCCUGCCCUGCGCAGAGGAGAAGGUCUGACACACGCACGCACGCACGCACACACACACACACACACACACACAUACACGCACACACGCACACACACACACACACGCACGCACGCACGCACGCACGCACACGCACACGCACACACACGCACGAACACACAAAUGCACGCAAGCACACACACAUGUAAGCACACACAAAUGCACGCAAGCACACACACACGUAAGCACACACAAAUGCACGCAAGCACACACACAAAUGUAAACACACACAAAUGCACGCAAGCACACACACACACGAACACACACAAACACACACAAAGGUCUGACACUCACACACACACACCUCUUCCCUACCUUUCCCUCCACUAACCCCUCCCUCCACAUCUCCCUAGACAUGUCACAUCCUCUCAUAUUAAAUCACUCUACUCUUCCCAGUGUUGACCCCUCCCCUUUCUGUCUCGGUCCCUGUCACCACAGCUGACUGUGCUCUACUCUACUCUGCUCUAAUCUACUCUGCUCUGCUCUGCUCUACUCUACUCUACUCUACUCUACUCUACUCUACUCUGCUCUGCUCUACUCUACUCUACUCUACUCUACUCUACUCUACUCUGCUCUACUCUACUCUACUCUACUCUGCUCUACUCUACUCUACUCUACUCUACUCUGCUCUACUCUACUCUGCUCUGCUCUGCUCUGCUCUGCUCUGCUCUACUCUACUCUACUCUACUCUACUCUACUCUACUCUGCUCUGCUCUACUCUACUCUACUCUACUCUACUCUACUCUACUCUACUCUACUCUACUCUGCUCUACUCUGCUCUACUCUACUCUACUCUACUCUACUCUACUCUACUCUACUCUGCUCUGCUCUACUCUACUCUACUCUACUCUACUCUACUCUACUCUACUCUACUCUGCUCUACUCUACUCUCCUCUACCCCUUGACAUCUUCCUCCCUGUGUCCUCUCCACAGCUGACCAACGCCAUCGACGCCACAUGUAACGACUACGACCCCUCCAGCAUUAACCCCCGCAUCGCCCACUGCUGCAACCAGUCCUACUCCAUGAGGAGAUCCUGCAUCCUGGCCAUUCAGCCUGACACAGAGUUCACGCCCCCGGAGCUCGAUGCCAACAACUUCCACAUGUGCCCCGAGCUCUGCACCAAGAACAGCAAGGAGCUGCUGCUCGCUGGGAAGAAGUGAGUAAAAUGUAUUACCAACGCACUGUGAACACAUGGGCACGAAUUCACACACACGUAGGCAUGAAACUAACACACACACACACACACACACGAGCACGAACACACACAUACACACACUCCAACUCGUAAAAAAUUAACUGUGUGUGUGUGUGUGUCCUCAGGCUGCUGUAUGGUCUGGUCAGACAUAAGACCACCAUCACUGAGGAGCAGCUGAAGACCAUCUCUACUAACUAUUACACCCUGAAGGAGAAGUGCUGUGCUGCUGAGGACAAAGCAGCCUGCUUCACUGAGGAGGUAACCUACACUGCUCAACACUGAUCAAAUGUUCAAACCUUUUUCUUUCCACCAUAUUACCUCAGCCUGUUUCGUUCAGAGACCUUUUUUCACUUCCAAUCAUUUUUCUUUCACUUUGAGUGUUUAAUAAGAGGUGGUGUAGAACGGUAAAGGGAAAACAUUGAUUGAUUCUAACGACGGAUCCCUUUGUUCUCCUACAGGCACCCAAGCUGGUUUCUGAGAGUGCAGAGCUGCUCAAGGUUUAAGAUAUGAUUUUGAUGAUUUUAAUUUCAAAAGAUGUCUACAGUUACACCAUGGUGACCUCAUCACCUCAUCCUCCUAUCCACAACGUCUGUCAUCCACUCAUAAGCCUGUCUAUCAGUGAUCUGUGAUUAACUCAUAAGUCUUACAGCCUAUCCUCAUCAAACCUCUAUCUGUGAUGAAUCACACCACUGGUUUAUUUAUGACAGACAAAUAAUGACUCCUGUCAAAUCAAAUAAAUUAAUAAAUUCAUGUUUAAUAACU